GUGCCCAACAUAUUUAUUUUUUUGGGGAAAGGUGGCAGUUAUGGUAGUGUGAAAGGAAAAGCUGUAAUGUCAGUAAUAUUUUGUAUUGGAGCAAAACAACCCACUGCAUUCGCUACAACUCCCGGCUUGUUGUAGAAGAGCUGCAGAUUGUAUUAUACUUGCCUGAUGGCAAGUAUACAUUAAAAAUAAGACUUUGUGAUACUAUGAGAGAAAGAAGGGAUAACAGAUCUACAAAAAAUGUUCUUAUUACGUUUGCCACGUUUUCAAGUAAUUGAACACUAUUUUUUUUUCAAAUUUUAACCUUCAGCACCAGCUCCAGGAAAAGUUGUAGUUACGUUUGCCACUUAACAGUCUUUUAUCAAAAAGGUUUCAACACUAUCUGUGGUAUAAGUAGGUUUCUCAAAGCAGCUUGUAGCCCCCCCCCCCAUUUUACUAAAAAAAAUCCAUGUAAAACGAGGGGAAACUUACCAAAAGGGGAUGUAAAAUUGAGGUUUCACUGUAUAUUUUAUUAAAACAGUAAUUUUUGAGUUCUGUUUUGGCUUUUUGAAAGAACGUAGGGAAACAUGAAAAAUGCGGUUAUUGUAGAAAAUAUAUUGGGCAAUUUUAGUGUGGAACCCAUUCUCCAUAGUAAAACAGGUGCCAUUAUGUUAUGAUUGUGUUUAUAUAGGAUCUGAAGAAAUUGAGAAUACUGAGUUUAUCUGUAACCUGUCUCAGGGUGGUGUUUAAACUGUGUGGGACAUAUGGUUUUGUUUACUUGUGUAUUUUAUUUGUGCAUCCUGUUUAAGUUACUAAAUGGUGAGCCUAAUUACGGUAGUAAAAUCCCAAGUAUUUUAUUUAGGUAGUACAAACUGCAUGGGAUUGUUGUACUGCCUCUCACAAAGAUGAACUUGAUGCAACUCCAGGUGGUUCCGGCCCCCUGUUAUGGUAUCAGUUCUGAGAAUUUGAGCUACAUGGAGGAACUUGGAAAUUCCAUGUAAGAGGAAAAGAGUCUGAAACUUGAAUUGCAGAACAUUGUUGUCAUUUGGAAGGAGUACAGAAGCACUACAGAAGCACUGUGCAUUCAUGCAAGUGUAUUACUUCGCCCAAGUGUACAUUGGGGCUCUAGUUGACCUUUAAAUAGCCUCUAAGGGCAGUGGUGCACGUUUCGACUCCAAGCAUUGAGCUGCAGUUGCCUGGAAUUGUGGGUCCAUGUGCACAUCGGAAUUGCUACAUGCCCCAUUACCUCAACCUUUUGCUAAUCAUCUUGGUACAAUGCCAGUAGAAAGGAUGCGAAUGCGACCUUGGCUAGAAGAACAAAUAAAUAAAGAUCUUAUUCCAGGCUUAAAAUGGUUAAAUAAGGAAAAGAAGAUAUUUCAGAUUCCGUGGAUGCAUGCUGCUCGUCAUGGUUGGGAUGUUGAUAAGGAUGCUCCUUUAUUCAAGAAUUGGGCUGUACACACGGGGAAGUAUCAACCUGGAAUAGACAAGCCAGACCCAAAGACAUGGAAAGCAAACUUUCGCUGUGCUAUGAACUCUUUACCGGACAUUGAAGAAGUUAAGGAUAAAAGCAUGAAAAAAGGAAACAAUGCUUUCAGGGUGUACAGGAUGAUCCCAGUAGCAGACAGACCAUCAAAAAGAGGGAAAAAAAAUAAAGGAGAUAAAGAAGAAAAAACCAGACUGGAAAAGGAAGAAUCUACUGAACUACCAGCACCUUCAAUCAAUGGAGUAUCUCUGGCAACCCUACCGUUUAACGUUUUUAAUCAACCCAUAAAAACCGAAGUUGAUAGCACUGUGAAUAUAGUAGUUGUGGGGGAGCCUAUGUAUAACACUGGUAUAGUAGAAGAGAUGAUCGUCGCCAAUCCCCCUGACGUCUGCCAAGUUGUAGAGGUAACAACAGAAAGCGAAGAGCAGCCGUCAGUAAGGACGCAACUUUACCCUUUGCAAAUCUCUCCCGUUUCUUCGUAUGCUGAAAGCGAAACAGACAGUGUACCUAGCGAUGAUGAACGGAUGAGCCGUCAACGUCUGCAGAAGAUCCCUGGCAGCAAAGAGUCUGUAAGAACGUCAAGCCAAAGAGCCCCUUAUAAUUUACCUGGCAUGGCAACAUUUGUAACCUCCAAACCAGACCUUCAGGUCACUAUAAAAGAGGAGAAUUGUCCUCUCCCUUACAACAGCUCAUGGCCUAUAUUCCCAGACAGCUCACCUUAUUCACAGACGGGUGCAUCCUCUUCACUAAAUAGCUCCCGACAAGACCAUGAAACUAGAGCUUCUGUCAUUAAGAAAACCUCAGAUGUUACACAGCCGCGGCUCAAGACAUGCUAAGGCCAUGUUGCAGAUUUGGAUCGAUAUUCAGUAUGGGAACAAAUAUUGUGGAAGAACUCGUUGGCUGCCUUUAAGAUAUUGGAUUACCAAAGCAAAGGAUCUGAUUGUCAAGCGUAGCUAUGGACAGCUCAUUGUAGCAGAGGAUUUUCUCAGGAUUGGGCCAUGGGGGCGGUCCAAGUGAGUCUAAAAAGGAAAUAAAUCAUUAAAGCUUGACCAACUUCCAUUAUGGGGAAGGUCAAGGCUGAGGACAUGCAACAAGGCCUUUGGACAAUAAAAUGUGAAACUGCAAGAACCUUAUUCUUUUUUUUUUUUAACAAAAUCUGUGUUGUAAAUAUGUAUAUUUUAUACUUAAGUUCUAGCUAUCUGCUUGUGCACCUCACAAACAAGCACUCGCACAUAAAGGCGGCCUUCUUUUGUACUGCUGUAAAUGGAACUUAGGCCAAAUCCUGUCGCCAGGUAGAAACACUAGUUUCACUGAAAGCUCUGGCUGUUGUGCCUGUGACUGAAACAAUGAAUUUAUAGGUAACAAAUUACAAUGAUUAACAACAGGGAUCCGUUUUCUAACCUUGCUUCGCUCACAACCAAGGUACAUAUAGGAAUUGCUAUCAGUCCCAAGACUUGAGAGUUAAUAUAAAAUAGAAUUAUGCAGACAUAUAAUGACCAGAAUUUAACUAUUAACUCCCAGAGCAAGCUAUUUUUUUAUACAGGGGGGUAUUUUAUUUGAAGCAAAAUCCAAAGUUAACAUAAUUAUUUUCUAUUUUUUUUUUCUUUUAUACAACAAAUUUAUUAUAUGAUUCAGUUUCCUGUUUGUCAGCAAAACUGUCGUGGCACAUUUUCGUAGGUCCUUUGUUUCCUAACAUGAAACUGAUAUAUAUAUAUAUUAAUCUAUUCUGUAGAAAGCAAAUUUAUUAUUAUUAUCCUGUGGAUUGACAAAUAAAUAGUCAUUGCAGUUUUA